UUGAGACCUGAGAGCAGGGCGUCCCGUCACGUGACCACACACCGCCCUGCGCGCCGCGUCACGUGACCACAGACCGCGCUACGCGCCGCGGAGGAGAGGGAAGAUGGCGGAGCGCGAAGGCGGCGGAGUGGACCUGGAGUGGAGCAGCCGGGCCUCAGACAGCACGGAUGACAUUCUGGUGGCCAUGGAGACCCUGUUGGCCACGUUGAGGGCCUUUGAAGAUGUCCUCCGGCAUCAGGAGAUAUCUGCAACGUCUUCCUCUGAAUACUGCGACAACUUCUGCCAGGCCCUGAUGCACUACGCGGGCAGCAGGAACUCUGUGGAGCACGGCUUUCCUCUGCUGGAGGUCUACUGCCUCUCCAUCAGCUGCUUUGCGUCGGCGCGGUCCCACCUCACGGCGCAGUCCGACGGCGUGGCUCUGGUUCUCAAGAGACUGGCCUUGAGCUGUUUUGAACUGUUGCUCACUGUUCCUGAAAAUGAAAUCCCCUACGAAGCCUGGGUUCAGUUUCACAACUCGGUUCAGGUCGCCCAUGAGAUUCUGCAGCAGUUUGGGAACAUGGACCUCCAGGCCCUUCUGCAGAUAACGGGCGAGGGCGGAGCCUGGAGCAACCCCGUCCUGACCGCCCUGCUCACCGGCCAGCCCACCGCUCCUCAGGAUGUCAAUGCAUACAUCGGCUUGGAGGGGGAGGGCUUCAUGGAGAUGCGUGUGAAGCACCUGGAGAAGAUUGGUGAGAACGCCAAGGCAGUCGUCUUAGCCAAGUCCUGCAGUGACUGCUGCCAUGUGUCAAAUCAAGCCAUCUUCCGACACUGCUUCGUGUCGCUGCUGUGCAUGCUGCUGCCCAACGAGGAGGCUAUCACAGAGAUAUCCAAACUUCAGUGUAAGGAAGUCUUGGAGAUCACAUCCAACCUGGAGAAGGAGGGUGAUGCUGACAAAGCUUUCGUCUUGUGUACUACCUUUCUGACCCAGCAUCUUCAGCAGCAAAGCCACUCCAGCUCCUGGGAGCUGAUACUGCUGUGGAGUAAGCAACAGAGAAAGAUUGAUCCUCCUCCAGAGUCCCUCUUAGAACGAUGCCUUCAGCUCGGGGCCAUCGCUAACACUGUUCAGCACCUGCUCUACCUGAUCAGGGUCAUCCGAACAGAGACCAAAGAGCUUGGAUUAGCCUCGUCGGUGGAGCUCUGUGUCAAAGCUCUUCAGCUUCCAAAGCAGGACGACUCUGAGUCCAGGAUCUCUGUUCUGAAGACGGUGUCCGGCCUUCUAAAGGACGACCUGGAGGUGGUGCGCGCCUGCCUCCUCACAGAGUUCCUCCUCGGCCCCCUCCCGGAGGUCUUCAGUCGCCUGCAGGAGCUUCACCUGCGCCCGGAUCAGAAGUAUGACCAGGAGAACGGGCUGAUCCCCAACUCCCUGCGCUGUGAGCUGCUGCUGGCGCUGAAGGCCUACUGGCCGUUUGACCCAGAGUUCUGGGACUGGAAGACUCUGAGGCGUCACUGCAGCGGGAUUCUGGGGCUGAGUCCAGAGGAGGAGGAGGAGGAGGAGGAAGAGAAGCAUGAGAUGGUGAAACAUGUAGCACAAGAGGAAGAGUCUGUGCGUGUGGCGUCUUGUGAGCAGCACUGUUCAAACGGUGGUGCAGAGAGACGCGGAGACAAGGGGACUCAUGGUGUGACGGGACGUCAUAAAAAAAAUAAGCUACUCUGUAAAAUUUGCAAAAAGUCUGUGAGCGGGGGACAAAUGAUUGUCCACUCUAGGAGACACGGGGACGACACGAGCCACCCCUGCCCCGUGUGCAUGAGGGCCUUUGACAACAGGAAGGAUAUUGUUUCUCACAUUAAACAACACAUUCGUAGCUUCGCAAACUCUCGUAAAAAGCUUGAGAAAGACAAGUGGCCACAGGUGUCGGAUGGGGACGAUGACAUUGAACCAGGCGAAAUAAAAGCUGAUCCUUCCUUACUUAGCUAUUACAAGUCCACAAAAGACCCUGAUGUUUUACACCAUAUUGUGCAACAAUCCAAGGACGAGGAUGAACUCAUCACAUUCGCUUACAUUGACUCGCACUUCGAGCUCCAGAACCGAGAUGAAUAUCCAUGUCCGGGCACCAACUGUUUAAAAAACUUUAAACACUCAAAGUACCUCUAUGUCCACCUGAAAUCCGACCAUCGAGGGGACGAGAACGUGAAACACUUUCAUGAGAUGAGGGACAGGCGCGAGAAGUGCAUUUUCUGUCGCCGCCAUUUUGUAUCCAAUUAUCAUCACCGCAAGCAUCGGAAAAUCCAUUAUAACGAGCAUCCAUACAUGUGCACUGUCAUCAGCUGUGGGACUCAGUUUAAGACUUCCCAUGAGUUGGCCGACCACAAACACUCUCACGGCUAUCAGCUGAACUUCCAGUGCCAGCUGAAGGGCUGCUACGUCACCUUCUCUGACCUCGGCCAGCUCUAUCACCAUGAGGCGCAGCACUUCAGAGAGGCAGCCUUCACCUGCACAAGCCCUGAAUGUAAGAAAUAUUACUUAUCGAAAAAGGAAUUCAAUGACCAUUUAUCCACGCAUGGUAUCACCUUCUCUGAGAAAGACUUUGAAACUCAGCGCAAAGCUAAAAGGGAACUCUUUGCUAGAGGGGAUAAAGACACUUCCAAGGGGUUGGAGCAGGAGGAGGAGGAGGAUGGUGGUGGCUCCUCCUCUUCACAGUGUGCCUCCUCGUGGGAUGCGUCAAGCUGCAAGGGGCCCAGGGGUACCAUAACCUCUGUGGCUGUAUGUUUUGAUGGAAGUAAGUUCACCUGUGGGUUUGAAAGGUGUGGCAUGACCUUCUCUAGAGCCCGGGAUGUCCAACGGCACUUUAAAUGUGCCCAUCCAGAGCACCUCAAGUUGGAGAACAAGGAUGACCACCAUGACAAAGAGCGGGACUCGAAGUCCAAAAGCCUGAAGGUGGAGACCAAGCAGACAAACGAGCAGAAGGGAAAACGUGAGCCCUCCUCUCCACUUCCACUCAAAGCUGAGAAGGAAAAUAAUAAAUCAUCCCAGCUGAAUUGCAGUGAAACCAACUCAACCAGCCCUUGCCAAAAUGAUGCUCUGAAAGACAUCCUCCUCGGGCUCAGCAAACUGGACCUAAACUCGGUUGGCAGCUACGAUGGGCCGCUUGAACCCGCCAACGUGUUGCAUUUGUCCUACUGCAAGGCCAUCAUGGCCCGGUCCCCAGUGGUCGUACUUCAGAAGAGACCUCCACACAUGUUUGGGGAUAGGGUGAAAGUCAAAAGAGGGAGGGCAACAGAGGAGGUUAAUUUAAAUGUUGGGGAAUCGUUGGCAACUGCAAAGCCAUAUGUAUGUAAGAUAUAUGGAUGUGACUUCAGAACUGCACAGAGCUUCAGUUUGUUACGUCACCAUGUUAUCAUCCACAGCUACACCAUGGAACAGGCGAAGAGGUUCACUUCUAUAGACUCUUUUAAGCCCUUUUUGUGCCAGAUUUGCUCAAAAGGUCACAAAGAGAAAAUCAAUCUGAGGCUCCACUAUAUUCAGGCACACGACCUCAGUAAGGCUGCCAUAGAGAAGAUAAACUGUACGUCCAUUAAGCAUGUGAAGAGCAGGGCAGGAGAAACCUCCCAACAGCUGAAAGACGUUCCUCAGGUGAGGAAGAGGCCGGCGCUCAGCUGGCAGCAGAGAUACCAGAAGCGGAAAAAAGCGGUCGUGUUGCGAAGGGAGCCUAGAAAAGAGGUCGUCUUUGACAUCCAUCCAUCUGCAUCGGAGGAGGAAGAGGAGGUAGAGGAAGAGACGGAGCAAGCAAACGGAACAAGCAACAAUACGAGUGAGCGGAAGGAAGAAGAACACGACGGUUCUUCACAGGUUAGGACAACAAGACGCCACAAUGCCAAAAGUAAUCUCUGCUACAUCUUAACUAAAUUCAACAAGCCUUUCCAUUGUGUGGUGAAGGACUGUAACUCCGCCUUCUCGACCCAGGGGGGUCUGGUCCGUCACUUGCAGCUCUUCCACCACUACAACCGCUCCCAGCUCGUCCUGGACAAAGACCCCGACCCCGCGGGGCACGCAGACGUGAAGAAAGACGCCGUAAAGAACGAGCCUCUCUCACACUCGGAUGAACCUCAGCCCCAGUUCCAGUGCCGCUUCGCUAACUGCCAGGCUUCCUACCACCUAAAGAGCAGCCUGGUGCGCCAUACUCAGCAGCAACACUGCCAGCCCCCGGAGCCGCUCCAGUGUUCCUAUGAGGGCUGCGCCCGCGUGUUCAGCCACGCCAGCUCUCUGAAGAAACACAUCCUCUAUACCCACUGCGAAUACUAUGAUUCUCUUGUGUUGCGUCUACAGAGCACUCACAAAAAACCUCUGGUCGGAUGCCAAAAGGACAGCCUUGACGGCAACAAAGAAGAGCCGCAAGAAGAGACCCCCGUUUCGGAGCUGGUUACCCCCAUUUCUGAACUAGUGACCCCCGUUUCAGAACUAGUGACCCCUGUUUCUGAGCUGGUGACCUCCCUUCCUGAGCUAGUGAAACCUGAUUCUGAGCUUGUGACACCUGUUUUUGAACCAGUGCCACCCGUCUCGGAGCUAGUGCCGCCUGUGUCCGCCCUUAUGCCACUCGCUGUGUUGACAGAAGAAGCCGCGCCUUCUGGGGGCACGGAGGACGAACCGAUCAAACCGACUAGAAAGAGGAAGACGAGGAGGUUCCAACCGGACACUAUGCGACCCCAAGAUGAGGCAUUACAGAUGUGCCAACCUAAGCACCUGAGGAGUCAUUACCCUUGCAUGAUUCGGAACUGCGAUUCGGUCGUCAAAUACCUGAACAGCCUUCAUCGUCAUUACUUCAGGGUGCACCACAUCCGUAAAACGGAUGUGGAGAAGCAUGGAGACGAGCUUUUGCUCACCUUUGAACGGCUGGAAGAUCUAACUGGGAGGAAGUGUGCACUGCCCCCUGUGGCUGCAGCGUGCACUUCUAACGGCGUCCACAGGAUGGAGUACCAGGCGGAGCAGCAGGGCCCUCAUGUGCCUGUGAGCCUGAACUUCAUCAAAUCAGAAACGCUGGAUGACCUAGACCCCAAUCUGCUGGAGCCGUCCCCCGGUGAGAGGAACGUCCUCCUGAGGGCCGAUGACUUCUUGUACACGGAGCCCGGCCCCGGGGGGCCAAAGGAAGAGCCGGCCCUGGAGAUGCAGAACGGUAACGCUAGCGAGGAGAGAUCCAAGCAUCAGACCACACUUCCUCUGACUCCUGUGGUCACGGUGAAUCUCUCGCCGCCCUCCUCGCUGCGUUUUGCUAGUGACGAGGGCCUCCAAGAUUCCUCUUGCAGCAAAGACGGCACUAAAUCAAUGAAUGAAUCUGUGGCCAAUCCAGCGGUCCGUCUGCCACUGAAGAGGAAGAACGAACUCUCUGAGCCGUGUAACCUCCCCGAACCCCUAACCCACCUCUCCUACAAAACUUUCGACAUUGGCACCUAUACCCCCUUGGGCUUCGAGUCGUCCUUCCUGAGGUUCAUACAAGAAGCGGACGGCAUGGAGGACGAGUUGUCCCCCAUAAAACGUAAAGACGCUUUAAGGAGGAGUUGUUCUGUGAAGGAGAACAACCAGCUGGGCGUGGCUCUGACACGCAGCAGACGCACGCGCUCCCCGCCCCUGAAGCCGCAGGCCCCGGCGGAGGGCCUGACUGCGGAGGGCCUGAUGACUGAGGAGGUGAUGACGGAGCACCAGCUGAAGUCCAUCCUGGACCGGGCCCUGGCCAGCUGUGGGGGUCCUGCCCUCGAGCAGCUCCAGUACCUCCGGCCGGUGGUGGUCCUGGAUAGACGCCUGUUGUCUGCCUCCAGCCCCUUGCCUGAUCUCAUGACCCCUGAUGCUAACAACUAGCUAGUCUCAAACUAGUCCCCCCCCCCCACCCCCUGCAUCAUCGAGCCCUUAUUGUCCAACUGUUUUUAUUUUACACACACUAACAUUCUUUUCUAGAUAUGUUGAAUGCAGGUGGUAGAAUGUGUACUGCCUAGCUAGGUCUAAAGAGUAUUACUUAAAAACAAAAAAGUGGCUUUUUAUUCAGAUUUUUCACCAUAGAAAAUACGCUUCCUUUGUUGACCCAUGAAAUUGUCCAAAGUGUAUAUAUCAUGAAGAUGGGCUUUUAACAAAUGUAGGAGCUAAUCAUACAAUUUGGUCAGUUGACUUUAUUUUGCUGAAUAUAAAAAGUACAGUCUGGUUUUUAUCAACAGUGUUUGGGUGCUGGGCUGAUGACAGACAUGUAACACUUUGUAAUAAAUAAAUGUUUGAAAUGUCAUUCUUGUGUCACUCAAAUGGAUUGGGCAUCACGGUUUGCAAUACAUUUUUUUUAUAGUCAAUAUUACUUUAAUACGGUAGAAUUAUUCAGUGUUUUAAUUAAAAGAUGAAUGUACAAUUUUCUCUUUCUAAAAA